UCCAUGAGACCUGAUUUCCAUGAUUUUUCUUUCCUUUUCCCUCCAUUUUCUCACCAACCAAACACUCUUGUAGAAAAUAACAAGAAUUGAUCUCUUAAUGAAUACUUCAAAUUUCCAGAAAUCGAAUCACAUUUGCAUCAUUCUGAAGACUGCAGUUUGUUCAAGACUAUUUCUCUUAGCCCUAAUCAUCUUCUGGAGAUCUCUAUUCGAACCCUACGACACCUCCGCGCCUCUAAACCCUAAUUGCCUCUCUCUCGAAUCGCAACCUGCAGACACCGUUCUCUGGCCGAAGAUCGGGGCGGCAAUCGAAGGCAGCAUCGUUUGGGACGCCGUGUAUUUCGUCAGAAUCGCGCAAUGCGGCUACGAAUACGAACAGUCCUACGCGUUUUUGCCUCUUCUUCCAAUUUGCAUUUCCUUCUUGUCUCGAACAGUAUUCGCGCCACUGAUUCCACUAAUUGGGCAUAGAGCUGUGCUGGGAUUAUCUGGCUAUGUACUCAACAACAUUGCCUUUGUGUUAGCAGCAGUUUAUUUUUACAAGCUUUCAGUUAUUAUUUUGAAGGACAAAGAAGCGGCAUUCCGAGCUUCAAUAUUGUUUUGCUUCAAUCCAGCUUCCAUAUUCUAUUCAUCAAUAUACUCGGAGAGUCUGUAUGCCCUAUUGUCUGUUGGAGGAGUGUAUCACUUAAUCUCCAGUUCAAAUAAUGUUGCUGUGCUUUGGCUUGCUCUGUCCGGUUCUGCGAGGUCAAAUGGAGUUCUUAAUGCUGGCUACUUCUGUUUCCAGACUAUGCACGAGGCUUAUGAGGCUAUCUUCCUUAAAAAGCGUGCUUAUUUGUCAGUGCAGGUUCUUCUUGUUGGAGUGCUGCGUUGUCUAUGUAUUUUUGUUCCAUUUGUUGCUUUUCAAGCAUAUGGGUACUACAAUAUUUGUCUUGGACAUUUUCCAGAUGAAAUGAGUCCUUGGUGCAAAGCAAGAGUACCUUUGGUAUAUAAUUAUCUUCAAAGUCAUUAUUGGGGAGUGGGUUUCUUGAGAUACUUCCAACUAAAGCAGUUGCCAAACUUUCUGCUUGCAUCCCCAAUAUUGUCUUUAGCACUAUGCUCAAUUAUCCAUUAUAUGAGGUUACAGCCUGAAAUAUUUUUCUCACUGGGUUUCCGAGCUUCUCCUGAGGAAAAGAAUUCUGCAGCUGUGCUUUUUUCUCUGGGAGCAGAUAAAAGAUCGAACAGUGAUCAGUUUUCUAAGAAAUCCAUCCCUCAGACACAAGAAAAUCACAAUCUUAGACGGCGGAAACAGCUUCAAGGAGAGGAAUCUGCUGCAUCUCCUACUGGAUGCAAAUCAUCAGCAAGGCUAGGUUACUUGUCAGCCUUUGUUCUCCCCUUUGUUCUGCACUUGGGAUUCAUGGCAGCCACAGCAUUUUUUGUUAUGCAUGUGCAGGUCUCUACCCGGUUCUUAUCUGCCAGCCCUCCUCUUUACUGGUUUGCCUCGUACUUAAUGGUGUCCCGUGGUGCUGGUAGAAGAUGGGGAUAUUUGAUUUGGGCAUACUCUGCAGCUUACAUCCUCCUGGGAAGCUUGCUCUUCUCAAACUUUUACCCCUUCACUUGAGAAGCUCCCGCAUCGAUUUUUUCUUCAUCCAAGCAGAACUUUCCCAUUGCUGAUCUGGUUCUCACCAUGUUUCCCAGUCCAGUUUUGAUUGUAUGUUCUGCUUCUACAUAGGAUCAACCUCAAAGUUUUCGUCCUGUUAUCAUUGAGGUAUCUCUACCAUUAUCAUUGGAGCUGGCAUUUUGCUGACUUGGUGUAGGAACCAGUGGAUUUGAGACUCAGAAGCAUGGCGAUUUGGGAGGACUGAGAAAAGGAGGAAGAAGAGCAGAAGGGCAGUGGCAUGCAUGGAGGCAUCAUCAUGGAAGGACAGUUUUCACUUAUCACCCUUUCAGGGACAAACCCUAGGGGUUAUUGUUAAUGCCCCUUUGUUGGAAUGAAAAUAUUCAUAGUACAAGAUUUGUAAUAUUGCUAGGCAGCCCAUGUUUUCGAAAAUAGUUUUCAAAGAAGUUUUUUGCCACACUU